AUGGAAGCACCUCUGAUGUUUGAAGUGUUAAUGUACCUUAAUUCCUAUUACUUUGGCAUGUUUUCUAUGUUCGAGUUCUCACUUAUAUGUGCCAAAUCAAUUGAUGAUGCUCAAAAAAAGACAGUUUCUCUAAAUGAACUCGGGACUAAUAUGACAGUAUUUGUGUUUCUCUGUCUCAUUGAAGUGUUUCGUACGUUCUUAUCACGCCGGGACAAUGCGGCCGACAAAGCAAUUUGUGUCGUCCUUUCACUCAUUCUGACUGUACCAUCAGCAAUAGGAGUACUGUAUUUUUUGUUGUGGCAACAAAGAACUUUUCGGCUGGAAAAUAUUCUAGGAUGCAUACAACUUAUGCUUCAAGCAACUCAAGUUUUCUUUGGCAUUGUAUCACUACUGACAUUCAAAAGCAGUGAUUCAACAACAUGAAAUUGUAAUUUAAAACUAUUAUUUGUUAUUUUUUAUUUGUAUAUAAACACAAGGUAUUUUUAUUAAAAAAUCAUCAACUAGUCAA